GUGCUGCGUCAUAUCUCCAUCGGGGAUGAGUAGAAAUUUUCAUGUUUUCGUGAGGUGAAAAAAAGGAUGAAAGGAAAUAUCUCUCACUCGAGCAUCAAACGUCCAUGCCGCAGUAAUUUUUCUUCAUUCUGCUAGCUUCCACAACCAAAGUCUUCAAUCGUCCGUGUAAUCUGAAAGAAAAAAAAAGAGACAAUGCCGUCCCCCGCCCCUGGCGAUGUCGCUCAGGACAAAGCCGCGAAAAGCGAAACGGAGCACCAUGCCGCCAUGGCCCCGGAGCGCCGGGCGGCGGUGGAGAAGAGCAUGAAGCGCAAGCUCGACACGCGGUGCUCGCUGUUCGUCCUGAUCUACAUCAUGAACUACCUCGAUCGUAACAACAUCGCCGCCGCCCGCCUCAAGGGUUUAGAGCGAGACCUGAACCUUGACUACAAUCAAUAUGCCACCUGCUUGAGCAUCUUGUACGCGGGGUACAUUCUAAUGCAGGUUCCGAGUAAUAUCUUCAUCAACCGAAUCGAGCGGCCGUCGCUGUAUAUCGCCUGUGCUAUGCUCGUCUGGGGGCUUAUCAGCACUCUAAGCGGGGUUGCCCAGACCUUCACUCACAUGGUCGUCAUCCGCUUCUUCCUUGGGUUCUCCGAGGCCGUCUUCCUCCCCGGAGCCCUCCUUCUCCUGAGCAAAUGGUACACGCGUAAAGAGCUCGCUCUGCGCAACGCCAUCCUCUUCUGCGGAAACUUGAUUUCCAACGCCUUCAGUGCGCUUGUGGGCGCCGGAGUACUUUCAAACAUGGAAGGGACACUUGGUCACGCGGCGUGGCGUUGGCUAUUCUGGAUUGAAGGAGCAGUGACCAUGGGCAUCGCCAUCUCCUCGGCCUUUAUCCUCCCGGACCUCCCGCACAACACUAAGGGCUUCACCGAAGAAGAGCUCUACGUGGCGCAGCUGCGCAUGACCGAGGACGUGGGCGAGGCGGACCUGGACUCGUCCGAACAGGGCGUCUUCGACGGCCUCAUCAUGACCCUCAAGGACUUCAAGGUCUACCUGCUCUGCCUGGUGCUCACGGCCUACGUCAUCGGCCUGAGCUUCAACGCCUACUUCCCGACCCUGACCGGGACCCUCGGUUUCGGCUAUGUCCCAACGCUGCUUCUCUCGUCUCCGCCUUGGGCGUUCUCCUGCAUAGUCUCGCUCUUUAACGCAUGGCACUCUGACCGUACGCAGGAAAAGUUUUGGCACAUUGUGGGCCCCAUAUUCUUUGGCAUCAUCGGCUUCGUCAUUUCCAUGUCGACUCUGAACGUGGCCGCCCGCUACGUCGCACUUUUCCUCCAGGCCUCCUCGUAUGCCGGAUUCAUCGUGUUUUAUUCAUGGAUCUCCUCCUCCUUCCCCCGCCCACCCGCCAAGCGCGCCGUGGCCCUGGCGCUCGUCAACGCCUUCUCGCAGCUCGGCAACAUCGCCGGGUCCUACGUCUGGAACCUGCCGGCCGACGGCUUCCGGGGCAGCUACGCCGUCGUCCUGGCCAUGUUCGGCAUCACCGUCCUGGGCUGCCUCGCCUUCCGCCUCAUCCUGGUGCGCGCCAACGGGCGCCUGGCCGAGGGCCAGGCCGCCUGGGAGACGCGCGCCGACGUGGCCGAGAAGACGGCCGCGACCGCCGAGGACGUGCGCAUCGAGAGGCUGCGCAAGGAGUUCAGGUACCUGGUCUAGGCCGGACGUCGGCGGCACGUGGGAUCGAAACAAGCCAAAUGGGCCGUCUCAUCAGCACCUGAUGAGGCCCAGGGUCGCCGUUACCUGGACAAGAGGGUCUCGGCCGGGACUGACUUGUCUAGACCCCCCCAAGCCAUGGUUCGUGCAUACAUCAGCGACGGAACUGGAACCUAAGCUUCUACUUCUAAACGGCUUGAUUAUAAGCUCUCCAUUUCCACAUGUUUUUCUUUUUCUUUUCAUCGUGGAACGGAUCGAACAUGUUCGCGCCAUCCCAAAGAGCGUUACGCCAGUACGAAGCUUACACAAAAGCAUGAUGCUUGCCCGGCCGUUCCAGACCGCGCCUCUGGGCGGCCCAAUAUCACAUGUGUUUGUUUUGGUCCGUGACAAGGAUCAUGUGUGGGUGUGUCAUUUUGGGGCGCCGGGCAAUGCCGUGCCGGCCGCCCCCCUUGUGGACCACGGGUAGUCCCGCGAAAGGAACGGAGCGGUUGUGCCACGCGCCAAACGGCACAGCAGGCCAUCCAAACUCUUCCAUAUGACCGCGCGCUUACUCAAGAUUCCGUGAACAUUGUCGUAUAUGUACGUUCUAAACUAAACACCCAACCACAUCUACGUACCCAAAGCUCCAUGGAAGACAAAGGAGGCGACUGCAUCGUUAGCCUCAUGUUUUUACAGACGGGAAUCUAGCUGCCGCACACGAUUAGCGAGGUAGGUACAGUUAGACUAUGUAAAUAAGGGAACCCGGGAAUUGACGCUGCAGCAACGGUAUAUCCUCCAUUAUGAAACCACCUUUGACAAACUGAGGGGUGGAGCCAAAACCAAACCAAGAAC